AUGACGGAUGGUAGAGCUGCCCAGAACCACCAGGCAAAACGUCCAAGGCCCAUCCAGCUCUGCGUCCCAGCUGCUGCCUCAGAAAAUAAAAUUGGAGAAACCAUCGGUAUCCGCUAUCGCAGGAUUACUUGUAGCUCGGACUCUUGGUUAUCUUCGAGAACUACCUCCCCUCUUGGAAGAAUCCCCUGGGCCCUGGGCAGCUUUAAAAACCAGAUCAUGUCCCUGAGGGUUUCUAGUGGUUCUGGUGUGACAGGUCUGGGAUGCAGCCUGAGCGUCAAGAUUCCUGAACCUCCCAAGGCUCCUGGGUCAAGGGCCACUGAUGUGAUCCAAGCAAAGCCAAAGAUGUUCAGAGAGAUUGAAGAGAGAGUUGAUGAGAAGUUCUUUAGAAGGAGCAGGACCCACGGGCAACUCCCCAGCUCAGAGCAGAUCAAACCAGCGCCCUCCCUGCCCCCUCGGAAUUUACGAUCCACAACCACAGCAUUUGUGAAAGGGCAUAGACAACUCCGCAACCGUUUCCCGUUACAACUGCAGUCUGCGAAGGAAGAAGGAUUAAGUGCAUUUGGCAGGAGGACGUCUUUUGGGGUGCUGUCUCCCACAAGUUCACUGUCUAUAAAGUAUUCUUCCGAAGGACCUUCUGCUGAUUCCCAGUCUCGAGAUGGGGUCAAGGAGAGGAGCUGCUCUAGGGGAAUAUCUUUAGCAUCAAGGGUACAGCUGGCCUAUGAGUCACCUAUAUGUGAAUACCCCAAAAAGCCCCCUUUGGACAGAGACUUCUACCAGCAAGCCAUGAAGGUUAAACGAGGGGACUGGUCUUCUUGGGGGAAAAAAGGUGCAAAAAAAAAAAAGUGGGAAAGGUGGUGGGUGCGGCGGGUGGAGCAGGGCGCGCGGCGCGCGGACCGGGGCGGCCGGCGGACACCCCGUUGCCCGGUGGGCGCGCGGACCCCGGAGCGGCGGGCGGCCCCUGCACCCUGCCCCACCCCCGGGCCGCCGGGCCGCCGGGCUCCCCCUCGCCUGGCGUGGCCUCUCCCCCGCGCCCCCUCCCCCGCCGGGCCGGCCGGGCCGCGGAGCCGCCCCGAGAGCGCGGGGCGCGGGCGGCGGGUCAUGGCGCGGAGGCGGCCGGGGCGCUGCGGGCGGCGCGGGCGGUGCGGGCGGGGCGCGCUGCUGGCCUGCGCGGCGUGGACGGCGGGCUGGGUGCUGGCGGCCGCGCUGCUGCUCCGCGCGCACCCGGGCGUCCUCUCCGAGCGCUGCACGGACGAGAAGAGCCGGCGCAUCCUGGCCGCGCUGUGCCAGGAGUACCAGGGCGGGGUGCUGGUGGGCGACCUCUGCGAGGACCUGUGCGUGGCGGGGCAGCUGCGGUACCAGCGCUGUCUGUACUACGAGCGGGGCAAGAAGGUGCUGCAGGCCACCUGGCGCGGCCGGCCCAUCAUCCUCAAGUCCAAGGAGGAGGCUUUCUCCAGCUUCCAGCCGCUCAGCUUGCCCGAGGACGCGGCCGAGGAGGGCGGCCCGGACGCCCUGGAGGCAGAGCUGCACCUGCUGGUGGCCGGCGAGGUCAGGAACGCCCUGGGCCUGGAGCUGUCGGGCGGCAGCCUGGGGCCGCUGUGGCCGGGGCGGCGGGGCCGGGGGCGGCGGGGCCAGCUGGCCAGCCUGUGGGCCCUGCUCCAGCAGGAGGAGUUCGUGCUCUUCAGCCUCCUGCAGGACCUGAGCCGGCACGCCCUGCCCGUGCUGGGCUCCUGCGGCCACUUCUACGCCGUGGAGUACCUGGCCGCGGGCAGCCCCCGCCACCGGGCCCUCUUCCCGCUCGAGGGGGCCGCGGGGGUCCCCCGGGGCGGCCGGGGCCAGGCCAGGGCCGUCAGCGACAUGGCGCUCAGCUUCCUGGACAUGGUGAGCCACUUCGAGGAUGACUUUGCUCACCGCCUGCACCUGUGCGAUGUCAAGCCCGAAAACUUUGCCAUCAGGAGUGACUUUACGGUGGUGGCCAUCGAUGUGGACAUGGCCUUUUUUGAACCUAAAAUGAGGGAAAUUCUCGAGCAGAAUUGCACAGGAGAUGAAGACUGUAAUUUCUUUGACUGUUUUUCAAAGUGUGAUUUGCAAGUCAACAAGUGUGGAGCAGAAAGAGUGAACAGCAACUUACAGGUCAUCUGCGACAAGAUAUUCCGCCACUGGUUCUCCUCGAGUCUGGGGAGCUGGGCCAUACCCUUCCCACUGCAGCGGCAGUUGCGGGACGCGGUGCAGGAGUGCGCCAACCCUCGGAGCAUGGCCCGCAGCCCCCCGAGAGCAGCCUCUGACGUGUUCUGGAAGCUUCGGAGUCUCCUCCGAGCCACGCAGAGGGAACUGCAGGAGGCAGAGGAGUAGCUGCUGCCGUGGCCUUGGGUGGACCCCCUCCACAUUGUCAUAAGGAGGAGAUGGUCCUCCCUGAAAAUGCCCCCCCCACCCCUUCCACGAGCCGUCUCUGUGCUCUCCUGAUGUGUGAGCUGCUGGUGCUCAUCCUUGGGAGCAAGGGAUUCCAGCUGGCCUCCCUGCAAACGUGGCUGCAUUUCAAAAAGUGCACACAAGCAAGUACAGGUGUUUGCAUAGGUGCACUUGCAUGCGUGUGUGAGCGUGAGCAUGAACAUGAGCAGGUGAGUGUGUGAGGCUCUGGGGUAGAGAGAGGUGCUUUCCCCAGCCUGCCCAUGGGGACAGCUUGCCUGGCUGGAAUUUGGAAUUAAAUACAAUAAAAAAAAAGUUGCAUCUUUAGGAAACAUAAUGUGUAAGGAGAGGAUGUGUAAGACAGCAUAUAGCAGUUUGCAUUUGAAGAAGUUUUCGGACAGUGUUUUAGGGAGCACCUGACUGCUCACCCCAGUGCAUCUGCCUUUGGAGCGGGACUUGCAGGCUUGUUUGCACUGUGUUGACUUGCCCUGAGGAUUGGAGAUAGUGCAAGUGCCGAGGUUAGGCAUGGACUUCGAGCAGGGUCAGAGGCUGACCGGCCUGUCCAUGAAUGAAUACAGAGCCCUAGGCGACACGCCAUGCUGGCAGGUGUCCUCGAGCCCUGGUGAAGCUCUCCUGCAGGAGCUGAGACACGAGGUCCCUCCUGGAACAGGUGGAUGAAACUGCCGGGAGCCAGCCAGGGGUCCCCUGGGAAGGGACUCCUUUCUACGGCACACCCAGGAGGAAGCUGGUGUGCCACACAUAACCAGCUGGUCAAUUGAGAAAGACGCUAGGAGAGGAAAAGGAAAUGGUUGAUGGCUUACAAAUUGAAGACGACAAAGUGAUCUGAAGUUUAAAAACAAUCGCAGAUUGACGAAUUCCAAGCUAUUUCUCUUUUCCUUGCCCCGCGCCUUCCGGGUGCGGACAAAAAGGGGCUGCAGACUUGUGUUCAUUUGGAUGCAUUUCUCCAGGUGCCAGUUGGUCUGCAUUCUGUGGGUCCUGAGCACUGUUGUGUGAAUGCCUGUUGUCACCUGCAGUGCCCCCCCAACCUGUCACCACUGGCAGGGUUCGUAAGGGCCCUCCGAUCCUGCAUAUGGAUGCCUCACCCUGCAUUUGUAGUCUUUGGCAGGAGGGAAAACCUACAAAGUCCCCUCUGUGGCAGAACUACAUUAAAACAGGUUUGAUGCACAGCCCUCGGACUGGUAGAUUCUACGGGAAAGGAGAACCGGCUCUUGUCUACUGAGCAAAGACUCUGGCUUCUCCAGGGCUGUGCUCUGCACAGCGGUUUUCUGCAGUGGAAACGGUCUCUUUGAACCCUGCGAACCACUAAUCAGCUUCUCUGCAGCAAGAUUUCCAUGAAGUCAGGCAUGAAAUGAAGGGUGAGCAAGCAAGGGAGGGGCAGGGGUUUUGUGGUCUGUGUUCCUAAAACAAUUGGCUUUUGCAACAUGACAGCAAAGAGGUCUCCUGCGGGUUGACCCUGGGAUGGCAGCCCCUCAUUAGCGUGGGCUCUGAGCCAUCUGGCUGGGCAGCAAAGCUGGCUUGCGAAAGGGAAAAUGUUCCUUUUCAUUUAGACCAAAAUGGAAGCAAAUGUUAUUGUUUAUCAUGGAGACUAUGCAACGUGUAAUUAUCCGACACAAUGGUGUUCUUAUUGCUGAAAACAGCAGUUUGAGCCUUAUGCCCUGUGUCUGGCCACCCCAUCUAUCUCUCUUUCUCUCUCUCACACACACACACACGCACACGCACACAGACACGAGCCCUCCCUUCCCAUCCCACCCGGCAAAUUCCAUGAAAUGCCAGUGACUCCUAAACUAUAUGUGGGUUUUGUUUUGUU